AUGACCAAGAGGUCCCAUGCCAACAUAGCCUCCUCGCAAGCAGAGCCUCCAGAGCGGCAGACGUCCUACGAUGGGGAGCGUAGCGGAAGCCACGAGGACGGGGAUGGCUCGUCGCUUAAGAAGCCGCGAUCAUUCAUGGCGACCUUGGCUUGCGAUAUCUGCAGAUCGAGGAAGACGCGCUGUGAUGAAGAUCGGCCAAGAUGCGGCUACUGUAGGAACAUGAACUUGGAGUGCACGUAUCAGGCACCACGCAGUACGAAGAAAGACCAGUCGUUGACUUUGGCAAUUAAUGCAAUUCGAAGACUGGAAGCAAAGAUCGAAGACCUGACAACGGCGAUCAAUACGCCCAAGCCGUCGUCUACAUUACCACUUUCGCCGGCAGGGCCUAUCAACGACCAUCAGUCACCCCACACCAUCUUCUCACAACCAAGUCCAGGAUAUCAAGUCUCGGCGAUGCCCUCCCAUAAUGGCAGGCUAAGCAUACACGAAUUAGCAAUGUCGCCACAAGUCGUGGGAUCUCCCGCCAAAAGUCCUUUCCCAGUGAUGGAAGUUCAAGGCGCAGUAAAUCUUUCCUUCAGCCAACAUCGUGUCGCGCUCUGGCCGGCCAUACAGCAAAUACUCCCUAGCGGUUUCGUCUCUGUCCGAGCAGAGCUUCCGGAGGACUAUAUAGUCGAUAUUGAGAAUCGGCGAGCGCACUUGCCGAUACACAUCGAUCGUCCCUACGGCACUGUCCCUGAGAGCUGGCUGAUGAGUCUCCCGCAAUCGGCUGUCAAAGGACUUGCAGAUGCUUAUUUUGCCGUCUUCCACCGUAACACGCCGAUCCUCGACAAGUAUCAUUUCUUCUCGAGCACACUAGGCACAGCUAUGGAGAACGAGUUCGGGUACGACGUGGAGUCUGCGCUGGUACUCAACGUGCUUGCCUUAGGUUGCUUAGCUGUCAAGGCUCACGAGGAAGGCGACUUUGCUCUUCCCUCGCGCCACUCUCCAGCCAGACGUGGCUUCGUACACCCGGAUUGGUACGAACUCGUUGCAGAUGAUCCACCGGGGCUCAAAUUUUUCAACGAAGCAAGGCAUCGCUUCGGCUUCCUCAUGUGCGAUAACGACGUUCAAGCAGGUCAGUUCUACAUGCUUUCGACUCUGUAUUAUGCUCAGAUUCUCCGGCCUCUCGAUUCUUGGACCACCGUGAACAGGGCGGCUCUCUGUUGCGCUAGCAUUCUCACCCGCACAGGAGCGAUUGACUAUGACACAUGGGAGGGCGAUAUGCUAUCACGACUGUUUUGGUGUACUUUGAUGUACGAAACAGUCAUCACACAGGAACUGGAUCUACUUCCGCAUAGCGGCCUAUUAGACUACGAGCCAGAUACGCCUCUACCGAAGUUUACCCAAUGCCCACGGCCAAAGACGUCCAUAUCGGGAUUGCUCACCGAUGAAGAAGACUCUUUCUUCAACUUCCACUUCCUCGCUCAAGCGGCCCAUCGCAUCAUCCUGACACGCGUGAAGCAGAGCCUGUAUACUUUUGCGGAGAAAGAUGGCUACCCGAGCGCCAAUUUGACGGCCGAAAUGCAUCACCAACUAGAGCAAUGGCGCGCAAAUCUCCCACCGUCGCUCCAAUUCUCCGACACCGACAACGCAAGUGACUCGCCCAGCCCUGCACACGUCAUCGCGAAGGCCAUGCUGCGAAGCCGCUACCUCGUCGCAAAGUUCCACAUCGGGCGUCCGUUCCUCUACAAAGCGUUGCAUGCACCAGCGUACACCAGUGAUGCAGAGUACAACGAGGUGCGCGAGGGCCUUCGCGGUGGCAUGUACUGGCCAACUACCAUGGGUCUUUGCACGCAAAUGUUGUCAGCUCUACCAAUCAAGUUUGGGUGGUGUUGUCAGUGCUUUGGACAGGUGCUAUUGUUUCAUGCCGUAGCGCAGUCGCCAGACCCAAGAUUACGAGAAACGCUGCCGGAAGGAUGGCGCGAGUGGGUAGGUAUCAUGAUGACCUUGAUCGAGAGUUGUGCGAGAAGCAGUCCUGGUAUUGCAAAGGACUACGAGCUAUUGCGCUUGUUGGACGCCUAG